AUGUCUGCACAAAAGAAGUAUCUCAACGCCAAAGAUUUCGAAGAUGGGCUUGCGGCUCUUGAUACUGCAAUGGGCCAGGAUGUCUGGCUCGCUGCAUUUGCACCCAUCCGAAUAAUCACGGCGGGCGGCUUCCUUGCAGUGUCUUAUCUCAAAAAUCGUGACAGCACUGGCGAUAUCGAUUACCUGAUUGACCCGGAAUUUGUCGGAGACAAAGAGGUUCAAGAUGCCCUUCACAAGGCGAUCCUCUCCGUGGCACGUCAGCUACAGUACAACAAUGAAUGGAUCAACGAAGCCAUGGCAAUCUUCGUCACCAAGACAGCCAGACAGCAACUGUUCCAAGAAGCCGAGAAGCAAGGCAUCGUGCUUUUCAAGGGAGAAAACCUGGAGGUUCUGGCCGCUCCGAUCGAAUGGGCUCUCGAGCGCAAACUGAGAAGAAUCCACGCCGCAGAUCGAGACCGGAAGGCGGAACUCGACAUGGUCGAUGCAGUCGCUUUUUUGAAGCACUUGAGGGAACAGAACAACGGUCCUCUGGAUUUGGAAUCGAUCCGAACAAUGAAUGUGAACAGGUUUGACUUGCUUCCUGAUCACAGGACCAUGCAACAAGUGGCCGACGCAUACCGCCAGGAGCACAACGAGGAGAUUUUCAAAUAG